AGCUAUCAAUCAGUCAGCCCGUGACUACGAUACCAUAUAGUGUAUUCGGCUAAGGCCCUUACGGGCCAUGCCGCGCGGCACGGCUCGUAUAACUCAUUUACACCGUGAUACUAUCUUAGCUUCAUGCAGCGAUUCCCCACUACGAAAUGAAUUAGGUGUAACAAAUCAAUUAUUCCUUGAUUCCAAGGAUAGGACGCUCAUGAUCCUCCCUGUAUUGUUGCCUCGUUAGCCGGAGGGUGCCAUGAGCGGUGAUACUAUACAAAGGCUCUGUGGAACCACGGGUGAUAUAAAUCUACUGGUUAUGAGAAUAUCCAACUAUUAUGAGACUCUAUCCUAGAUCACGUCCGUUGCCACUAGUCCCUUCUUACCAUUUUUUACUAUAGCGCAGCUCGACAUUGAAACAGUUUGCUGAACAUGGGUUCUCUCGACACUGUCAUCCCCAGGGUUCGUAGCGAGCUAUGCGAAGAUCCCUUCCCUGCUCGGGUCCCAGCCUGGGGCCCAGGUCAGAAGAAUGAUGGUGUCGGAUUCAUUCAUUCGUGGACCGAUACCAUCUGUAAAGAUAUUGGUACCGCUAGGCACUUUAUCAAUUGCUGCGGAUCUUUCAACGGCCAGCAAUGCUUAGGACGUUGGAGCCGAAGGACCCGCGAGCGUCUAGAGCCGGGACUCUAUUGCGUGUUUGGCAGCCAUGUUAUGUUCGAUGGUUUCAGAAUUUCUGGAAUUCCCUCUGCCGGGGAUAGGAAUCUAAAGCGGCUACGAAAUCUAUGGGCAGAACAUGUUCUAAAGUUGUCGAACAACACGAGUGCCCAUGAUCAGACAGCGGAGCAAGCGGGCGGAGGACCAUUGGUUAAACAAGCGGAACUCGACACGAUGCUGUCCUUUCUCCAAAAGGCCAUUGCCAAAAGUGCGUCUAAAGAUGACGCAAAAUCCGACGAACAACGCAAGGUUCUCGGCAAUGGCGCAGGCGGACGUGCCGGCGUUACCGAAACCGGUGUCGUUAUGAAGCGCGACAGCGGCGAUGAGAUACUCGGGAAUGGCCAGGAUCGAUGCGACCAGGAACCAGGCGGAUACUUCGAGAUUGGCGAUCUCGAAAUCUGGGUGACUUGGCAUGGUUGGUCCAGCCUGGGCACCCGUGAUGGACGCUGGCGCCCUGGCUUUCACUUCGAAAUCCUCCUUGGCCUCUUCACCACAAUCAUCGAUUAUGGCACUAAUCGCAAGCUCUGGCGUGCUCGCGAAAAACCAUGGGUCACCGCAGCCGAGUGGAUAUGGCUUGACACUCCAAAUGAUGUACACAGUCUCUUUACAGAAGGGGUCAUCAAAGACAUGCGGGAGAUUUUCCGACGCGAGGUCCAGCGGGUACAGAAUUUAGUCGCGGGAGAUUAUAAGGCGGAUAACUUCGCGGACCGCAAAACCCAAUAUCCUCUGUUCCUAGAUAGAGGCGGAGAGUAUAUUUCAAGGCACCUAGUUGGACAGCCUCUUACCUCGGAUCGCGGCUACAUUCUGGCAUGGGUUCUCUGCGUGCCCAACGACCUUCAAGACUACGAGCGCGAUGUUUUGGGAGGGGAGACAAACAACCUUAUCCGGGGUCUCACUAGUGCGCAGCAGGUCGUCGAUGCUUCUUAUUUGUUGCUUCGCAUUGUCGAGGCCGCCUAUGCCCAUGAGGACUUUGACAUGGUGACCGCUGUUUUGGGAGUCUGUGCCUAUUUUACUAUGACUUGGCGUUACAACACAUCCAAGCAGUUCAAACUCUACGAGGCGAUUAGCGUACGCGGUCGGGAAUUCAGUAGCCCAGUCGAAGUCGCCGAGCUGGUAGCUUUGGUGGAAGAGCACUAUCCAAUGGCCAACCGGUCUGACGAUACAUACGGAGAGCUCUUUGACAGGGUUGCGUCGAUCAUCAAGCCGUCCUAUUGGGGUUGCACGUGCGAUUCAAAGCCUCGAGGACAUGAUACGUGGUCGAUGCUGAGACAAGCACUGGACGAAGGCGACAAUGACGCUCUGGAAGAACAGAUGCACGUUGAGUUUUCCUAUCUAAGCAUUGGGGCUAGUAAUGGAGACAUUCGCUGCGAGUGCGGACUAGAUCUCCUAUCUUACGAGGGGUUUCUCAAGUUCUUCGAUCCCGACACUGGUUUGAUAUCUCGCUUGCACUAUAAAACAAGCACAUCGGAUGGAAACCUUCUUGCCGAAUAAUCAACCAGGCAGGCAACUUUGAAUCAAGCCCAAAUGGGUCCAAAUGGACAUACAUAGGUGGCUGGCUACGCUGUCCACCUGUUAGCACACACGAACGAACUGUUCCUUAUAUGGUGAAGAUAGACUAUCAUUUCUUUUUUUCCAAUAUCUAGUUACUUGUAACGUAGAUUAGCUUUCAUAUAACUAAUCUAAAAUACACUCUCUUCUCGUCCACGGUAA